AUGGGGCUUCUGGAGAGACCUGUUCUCCCACGAGUGCUUUCACUCAUGGGCUCAGAGAAAUCGAAGCAGUCGUUUAAGACCCAAUUCACCACCCGGGAAGGUCUGUACAAGCUGCUGCAGCACUCGGAGUACAGCCGGCCCAACCGGGUGCCGCAGGGAUCCAACCCUGUCCGCGUCUCCUUCGUAAACCUCAACGACCAGUCUGGCAACGGCGACCGCCUCUGCUUCAAUGUGGGCCGGGAGCUCUACUUCUAUAUCUACAAGGGGGUCCGCAAGGAAUAUGCUGCUGACCUGAGUAAACCCACAGAUAAAAGGAUAUACAAAGGGACGCAGCCCACUUGCCAUGACUUCAACUUCCUCACAGCUACAGCAGAGAGCGUCUCUCUCCUAGUGGGCUUUUCCGCAGGCCAAGUCCAGCUUAUAGACCCAAUCAAGAAAGAGACCAGCAAGCUGUUUAACGAGGAAAGACUAAUAGACAAGUCCCGCGUAACCUGUGUCAGAUGGGUUCCUGGUUCGGAAAGCCUUUUCCUAGUAGCCCAUUCAAGUGGGAACAUGUACUUAUAUAAUGUGGAGCACACUUGUGGCACCACAGCCCCCCACUACCAGCUCCUGAAGCAGGGAGAAAGCUUUGCCGUGCACACUUGCAAGAGCAAAUCCACGAGGAACCCUCUCCUUAAGUGGACGGUGGGCGAGGGGGCCCUCAACGAGUUUGCUUUCUCCCCAGAUGGCAAGUUCUUAGCAUGUGUGAGCCAGGACGGGUUUCUGCGUGUGUUCAACUUUGACUCAGUGGAGCUGCACGGUACAAUGAAAAGCUACUUUGGGGGCUUGCUUUGUGUGUGCUGGAGCCCAGAUGGCAAGUACANUGUGACAGGUGGAGAGGACGACUUGGUGACAGUCUGGUCCUUUCUAGACUGCNGAGUAAUAGCUAGAGGCCAUGGGCACAAAUCCUGGGUCAGUGUUGUAGCAUUUGAUCCCUAUACUACUAGUGUAGAAGAAAGUGACCCUAUGGAGUUUAGUG